UUGAUCGGCGAACGCUGCAGCCAAAGCCCGCUGCGCAAUGUUGGUGAGAUCAGGUGAUGUCUCUCAGGGCCAAGCUAGUCGCGGGCGCCCAGGGGCUUCGAGAGCUCUAUGUGCUGCCACGAACGCUCUGGGUAGCUUUUGCGAUCUAUGUUCCCCUGGGAUUCAUUAAUGUUUCAAGCAUCAAACUCUACCUGCCGUUGCUGCGAAGUUUGGUGCUUUGUGACGUUCCCGUGAGUGAUGAAGUUUACUCAGGCUCCUUGCAUUGUGGAGAUCGAAACCUGGUGAUUUCCAUUUCGCUUCAACAAGAAGCGUGGCUGGUGGCUCUGAAGUUGUUCUGUCGCAUGAUCUCCGGUCCCUUCCUUGGGGCUCUCUGUGACUAUCACGGGCGCAAACCUGUUCUGAUGCUCAGCAUCUCGGGCAUCACAGCUGCCUCCUGGCUCAUGAUGUUGGCCUGCCGGCAGACUCUGAUUCCACCCAUCUGGACCUUGAGCUUUGCGCUGGCUUUGCAGGGCUGCACAACAGCUUUCAACCUUUGCUUCAAGUCGAUGGUAGCAGAUUUGCUGGACCCACAACACCGCGCCAAGGGGUUUGUGGUGUUGAACCACACUGAUGUCUUCAGCCGUGGUAUCACGCUUUGCUUUGUGAUCUGGAUUCAAAAGGUGCAGUUCAUGCGCUUCGACCUGCUCUGCAUGCUGGCUGGCCUGCUGGGUUUGCUGAUUUUGCUCUUCUGCCACCUUUGCCUCGAAGAGACCCUGGUGAAAAAAGCAGAACCCGAAGCCCUGGCGGCUCUGCCAGGUUUGAGGCAUCUCCUUAGCGAACUACGCGCGCCAUAUCAGCUGCUGUGGAGCUCAGCAUUUUUGCAGAUCCGCUUGGCUCAGAUGCUGCUGAAUCAACUGGGGAAUGGUUGGGAAUCGAUCCAAGAUUCCUUCAUGAUCUCCAUCUUGGGUUGGGGUCCUGGCGAUUGGGACUUAUUCAACGUGCCCAUCAGCAGCUUUCGCGAGAUUUGGGGCAUGGUGACCAGUGGAUUUAUGGUGCAAUGGGCUCAACAGCCCGGCAAUAGCUACUGGUUCAUGCAGGCCAACCUCCUCUUUGGCUCCGCCAUGUUGAUCAUUCAGAAUUUCGGACCCUUUGGUGCGAUCUUCCUACUGGUACCCAGGUGUUUUCUGGCCCUGUGUCCUGGGGACGGCGGUGCUGAUGCUGCAUUCUUCAGCUCGCAGUUCCCGCGCGAGGCGCAGGCAUCUGCGAACGGACUGCUCAUCGCGGUGGACAAUAUUGUGUCCGGUGUUUCCAGAUGGCUCUAUGCGCGCUUCCUCUUCGAUCCAGCUGCCAGAGGGUGCCUGGCCAUGAUGCCACUGUCUGCCAGGACCAUCUUCACGUUGCUGUCCAAUGCGCUUUGCUGGUACGCUUGGUGGAGAUAUGGCCAUCCCAACAAGAGCAGGAAGGAGGACUGAGAACGGACCAAGGCUAGGGGGAUCGACCCAUGAAAAAAACAUCGGAAAAGCUGAGGGGUUUUGGACUUUAGCUUCCAGUCAUUUCGCAGUUUGCU